AUGGCAACCAAGACAAAUAAGACUCCGAAAGCAAUUUUAUUAGAAAUUACCGGAGAGCGGGGGAGUGUUGCUGCUAAUACCAUCAGCCAAUCAGGUGUAAACAAAUAUCCUGUUUUAUCACGAGAAUUUUUUGAAAAAGAGAAUGUAAAUGAACGGGACAUUGGUGAAUUGACACCAGGUGAGAAGAUUAUUGAAAAAGAAUCUUUGAAAAAUAUUGAACAAAAGAUUACAAUAAAUGAUGAUGGCUCCAAAUCUCUUAGCAAUAAAAAAUUGAGCAAAGCUGAAAUUGUUUCUCGCAUAGAUUCAGAAGCAAAAAACAUAGAAACGCUCCUUGGCAAAUCAGGUAGGUCAGAUUACGGAAACUUGGAAAAUUCCAUAAGCGGUGUGUUGGUGGUGAAAGUGUCGGUCACAUUAAUCACUGGUGUACUUCGAGUUCGGAUUCGACCGGUAAAGACCGCACGAGGAUUUCUGUUAGUAGAUUCCGGAAGUGAAAGUGAAAGCACUAGAGGAAUUAAAGAAAGUGAUAGUAUGGAAUCGGAAAUUGAGGAAGAAAAUGUGGAUGAAUCUUCGGGUUCAAUAAGACCAUGUUAUCCGAAUAUUAGCAAUUUGGAAGUAAUUAGUAUAAUUACGGAACUUAUGAAUUACAAAUAUAGGAAAAACUAUAGAAUCAUAUUCGAAAAUGUUAAGGAUAUGAAACAAUAUCUUGGCAUCAAAUUGCUUAACAAUCGUUAUUAUUUUCUGCCUAAUAAUAUUUUUGAUAUCGGAACUUAUCUUGAUAAUUCCUCACAGGCGGAGAUAAUAUUUGUAAAAGAAUUGUAUGAAAAUAUUGUUCGUGCAGUUCUUCUGUACAGUCGCACAAAAGGUUUCCUGUUGCUUCGAUGUAUAAUUGACAAUCCUCCUUUUGAAACAGCUGUAUAUGAGGAAAGUGAUGUUGCCCGUGAAAUGAAUUUCUUAAAAUCACUUUAUGAUGAAGCAGGAAAAUCUGUAUGUUUAAAAAGACAAAGAAGUCGGAAAGAAUUUAUCUCCUGCAGUUUUCUUUUCGAUAUCGUUAAACUCAUCAAGAAAAAUGAAAUACGUAAACUUCUUGAGAAGGGAGUUAUUAAAACAAAAGGAUCAUACAGUUUUUACCUUCCCAACCUGUUCGCGAUUGAUGCAGAUGAUGUUGAGCAGUUGUAUGAAACGGACUUAGCAAUUGUUACACAUCUCGAUUUGUUGACUCAAUAUCGCUUCUUCAAAUCAUCGUUACACACAGCUCAACGAACAUUGGAAACAAAACCGUUGGUUGUAACAUAUGCUAAUAUCCGAAUACAAAUACAAUUUUUCAAGCUUCUCAUUCGACAUAUCAAAGCACUUAGUAUGGAAGAUCUCGACAACUUCACCGAUUUGAAGUUAAGUUCGGAGGAAAAUCGAAAGGAUGAUUGUUGCUAUAAUACACUUCAGGCUCAAGAAAUGAUCAGAAGUGAAUUUAGUACAUGGAAGGGUCCUGGAAAAGCUUUCCGCUUCCUUCCAAUACUAACCGAAUAUUUGCUAGGACGGAGACAACCAAAAAAUAAAACUUCAUUAAAUUUAUAUAAUUUUAUAAAGGAAUUUCUGAUGGUCAUUCCACAUAGGGAGUUCAUAGGUCAUCAGUAUGGUUUUUUCAUUGCCCAACUUUGUAUGAAUCACGAAUCGCAUAGCAGUAUUCUAAAUCCGGCAACUGUUAUCAAUAGAAUACUAAUACCAAAUUUAAAGAGACCAAUACGUAAGAUCUGCGCUGCAGUUACACUCGGGAAUUUACUGCAAUCUCGUCGUGUCAACAUAGCAUGGUCAUUUGAUUAUACCGCCGAGAACAAAAAGUAUUACUAUGAUGACAAUAUAACAAGUGAAACGGAUGAAAAAGUGGAAGUGAUGCAAUUAAUUGGUGCAUUCUAUUCGCAAUAUACUUUUCCACAACGCAGUACAAUCCGUUGCACGCGUUAUCUCUUCAUAGAUUUAAUUCUUUCGAGAUUGGAAAAUCGUUUAAGUCGUUUGAUGGCGGAAAAUUCUUUUACGCCAAAUGCGCUAAGAUAUUUGGAUGAAUUAGUUGCUAAAAAAGAAUUUUCUUGGCAAGUGGAUUAUUAUUUAUCAAAAAUACUGCUUCGCAAUUUACUUGCCGCGAGAGUAGUUAGUGUACCAGAGAGACCAGUGGAUGAGACCGAUAGACAGGCAUGGAUUGAAUGGAUUUCAGAAUUAUUACCCAUUACUUAUGCUGGUGUUAGAUCGAAGCCAUUCUUCGGUUUAGCAUUUCUGGUUGACGGUUAUGCUAGCAAUUUGGAUUUGGAAAGUGCUUUCGUUCUACAUUUCGACAAAAUCCCGGAAUUUUCAUUCAUUGAAUUUCUGGUUCUCUUCAAAAUUUUCAUGCGUUCCAGCAAGAACAGUCGAAUCACAAACUUAUGCCGACAUUCUCCCGAGAAUUUCGGCAAUGAUAGAAGUUUGCAACAAAUGGUCAAAUGGCUAUUUCGUGUUGUAAAUCGGGUGCAGAAAUCAGGAGAAGUGAAUGAGAAUGCAGUACUUAAAGCGAAACAUCGCAUUUUACAAUGGGCAGAGGCUUAUGUGGCAAAUUCUAAAAUAAUCGGCACCGACGAUGCGAGAGCAAUGUUGAAUUUAUUGAAAUGGAAGGAUGAACCUGGUCUAAAGGAUGAUGAAUUGAAUCGAGGAAUGAAUCGAUUGUUUUAUGAAGUCUGUCAUAAGUGUGUGUUGCGAACAAAUGAUCCUGUUCUUGAAAUGAUACAACAAUGGAGUCCCUGUGAGAAUAUUCUUGAGGAAAUGGAAUAUUAUUUAAAUCGUAUUCCGCCAUCUCGUCCAUCAGAAACUCGUCGUGAUGAACUAACACCGUGGGGACAAUGUCAAUUUAAGAAAUUUUUACAUGAAACUGUUGACUUUCAACGUUUGGGUGGUGGUAGCAGAAUGCGGAAUAGGCCGAGAUCUGGACCAGGUAUGUACGGUUACGCACGGCCAAUGUAUUUGUGGAGCGUUGAUGGAUUCAGACCAAUGCCAUAUUCCGCAAUGAAGAAUGACUAUGAAGAUGUGCCAUCAGAUUUAUCAAAAUUAAACGAAAAAAAAGAACUACCAUUUGAUUUGCAAGCUGAGGUUGGUAGUGUAUGGCGCAGUAAACCAUCAAAGUAUUCCAAUCUUCUUCCUCAGGCCUAUCUAAAACGACGUACUUCCAGUCAAUCAGUGAACAUUCCGAUACUUCGCGAUGAGGCAUUUGAAUUGUUUCGAAUGCAAAUAGCAUAUAAUCCAUUCAUUCCUGUACGAAGAAAUUUCGAUCAAGAGUUAGACUUUGGAGCUAGUGCAGCUAAUUUUGGAGGAGUUGCUGAUGUGGAACGCUGUCAGUCACUUCCAUGCGAUUUAUCAAAUUUAAAUUUGCAAACCGAAAAAAUAGUACCCAGAAGCUCGAGACAACAAAUAAUGCCCAAAGUUCAAAAACAAAGAUCGAGAACACGUCAACGAAGAAUGCAAAUAAGAACAACUGAUAUGCCGAGAAAAGUACCGAUUAGACGUUCUGAUUCGAGGGAAACAAAUAUCAAAUUGGAACGUACAUUGUUCCAUCCAUUUCUCGAAAAUAUUGGAUCAUGCAGCAUUUGUGGAUUAAUAGAUCAUGCUGAAAAUUUCUGUCCAGAUACGCCAAAUUAUUCAAAUCUUCUCGACACACUAAUGCCAGUGACAUAUAAAUGGACGGUCAAAAAAGAAAAAUCGUUCGAGAAUUUUCAUCGUCAAGAUUCAUGGGGAUGCUUUGGAGAUGACGAAAAUUGA